CCACUAACAACUGAGAUGGGAACCGUGAACACAUGGAAAAGGGUUAUCCAGAAGGUAAGAAUGGAUAAGAAGAAAGAGAGAGCAUCAAAGAACAAGCCUAAUCCAGUAACCAGCAAUGAGGAUUUGAAGAAUUCCGCAAACAUCGCCCUGGAUAGGACACACCUGACUGCAGAGGAUUACCAAUGCACUGGCAUCCUGGAGCAAGAUUUUACCGAGCUUUGCUAUCGAGUGGGAUAUAUUGAAAUUCCCAAAGUCCUGGCAUACCCGUCUACGCCAGGAUCUGAAAAAACUGAAAAUUCCGAAUGUGCAGAUGUUAUCCAGGUCGGAUCAGGCCAGACAUCUGAUAGGUUCUCCUACUUUAAACCCAAAAUACAGAUUAUAAUGGAAAAUGAAGACCCAAAAUCCAUUAAAGAGAUUUCUAUCAGAGGGUGGAAGAUUGAAAGUAAAAUGAUCAGCGUUCUUGCUAAGUGUCUGCCUGCACUUGCCAAUCUGCAAACUGUCAGCUGCUGGAAUGUAGGUCUAACUGAUGACACUUUCUCGUCUUUUGUGGAUAUCCUGCAUCGCUGCCCCAACGUCCGGAAAGUAAUCUUGGAAGGAACUCCGCUGCCUCAACAAUCCUUUCAUAAACUCAUCACGGACGAUUUGCCGUUCACACAUAUUUCCUUACGGAACAACAAAAUUGAUGAUGAAGGAGCCCGACUCCUGAGCCAAUCUCUCCGAAGCCUCAAGAUGACGAACAAGAGUUUGGCUGUACUGACCCUCGCCUUCAAUCAUAUCUCUGAUCUGGGAGCUUGUCAUAUUGCUGAGGCCUUACGACUCCACCGCGCACUGCUUUCGUUGAACUUGGCAAGCAAUCAGAUAGGUGAUAAAGGAGCCCUCGCACUGGCAGAGAUCCUCGGACAUUUCUCAUUGACACACACAGAGAUUGUGCAAAGAAGGAAGUUAUUAAUGGAAAAAGAAAGUCGCGACCAUCCGAGAUCGCCGGCCACAUCACGACAUGGGGACGCGAAGAGUGAUCGGCCACCAAGCCACCAGAGCACUGUGGCUCUCGAUAAAUCCCAAGUGCUAAAAUCAAACAAAGGCUCAGUGAAGAAGAAUCCCAAGGAUGCCCAGAAGAAAGAGGACAAAUCGGUGGCCAACAGUCAUGGAGGUGGAACGUCCAGUAUAAUGAACCAAGCUGCCCCGGCCAAGAAAGACGACAGUAAAUCAUCGAAGAAACAAUUGGCUAAUCCUGACCCAAAAAAUGUAAAAGGAAAACCAGUUAGAUCUGCCACAAAGCGUACUCCGAUAACAGAGCAGGAGAAGACUGAACACAGUGAAAUAACAAUGAAUCCUUUGCUGGAACAAGCUGUAUCCCGAGACGGAAAAAUCUUUCUGUCUGGUAACAAAGUCCUCAUGAAUUUAAACCUUACAGGAAACAGAAUCACAGAACAAGGCCUGAGAGGGUUCUUGACAGCAAUGGAGACUCAAGUCCAGGAAUCUACGCUUAUCCCAGGAACCAAGACACACACUGGGCUACUCCGACUUUCCUUAACGGGUAACAACUUCUCACCGGCCAGCGCUACGUAUCUAAGGCUUCAGGAAUUAAUGUGUAACAGGGACCCAAUAAACAAACCUACCGGUUCUCCAGAGGAUUCUCCUAAGGACAGCUAGAGACCUGCAUGCUGAAAUGUCUCCUAAUGGCAGAAGAAUGAAUGACACUUUAUUAUAUAUUUUCAUUUUAAUGUGGCACUUUUACCCCCGUAUCAAAAAAAUAAUAUUUCAUAAAGGUAAAAUCGUUAUAAAAUAAACAGUUUGUAAGUCCCCUAAA